GUGCCCGAGCGGAGACCGGAAGUCCUUUGCCGGCGGGUUCCGGGUUUCCUGGGUUACUACGAUGGCGAUGAGUUUCGAGUGGCCGUGGCAGUAUCGCUUCCCGCCCUUCUUUACGUUGCAGCCGAACGUGGACACUCGGCAGAAGCAGCUGGCCGCCUGGUGCUCGCUGGUCCUGUCCUUCUGCCGCCUGCACAAACAGUCCAGCAUGACGGUGAUGGAAGCUCAAGAGAGUCCUCUCUUCAACAACGUGAAGCUACAACGGAAGCUCCCUGUGGAAUCAAUCCAGGUUGUAUUAGAGGAACUGAGGAAGAAAGGGAACCUCGAGUGGUUGGAUAAGAACAAGUCUAGCUUCCUGAUCAUGUGGAGGAGGCCAGAAGAAUGGGGGAAACUCAUCUAUCAGUGGGUUUCCAGGAGUGGACAGAACAAUUCGGUGUUUACCCUGUAUGAACUGACCAAUGGGGAAGACACAGAGGAAGAGGAGUUCCAUGGCCUGGAUGAGGCAACCCUACUGCGGGCUCUGCAGGCCCUACAGCAGGAGCACAAGGCCGAGAUCAUCACCGUCAGCGAUGGCCGUGGUGUCAAGUUCUUCUAGCAGAGACCUGUCUCCCUUUACAUCUCACCUCCCACCCUUCCAGGGCUUUCAAAAGGAGACAGAUGAAUUGUCCCCACAGACUGGAUCUGUGACUCCACCAGACUCAAAAGGGCUCCAGUCCAGGGAUGGGUUUCCCACUUACCCCAUGUGUCUGGCCUGGGAUGGGGUGAGGCUGAGGUGCCAGGGAGAAAAGAUGUGCUUCUCCUUGCCCCACCUCCUCUCCUGUCCUAGAUUGUCCCUGAGUCAGGGUCUGCAAAUCUUAACACUUCACAUGUGUUCACACAUGUAAGUACAUAGACACAUGCACCUGCACAAGCUUCUGUCUCUUCUGCCUCCCACCCCCUUAGCUGCUGUUGCCUCCCUUCUCAGGCUGGUGCUGGAUCCUUCCUAGGGGAUGAGUGAAGCCCUGGCUGCAGGCAGCCCUCCAGGCAAUAUAAAGAUAGGAGGCCCAGGAAGGAGCCUUGCAGUGAGAGGCGGGGCCAGACACUGAUUUAUGAUAUUAAAAAGCUCAACCCCA